AGAAGCCGCGUGUUGAUGUCCCGCCGAUACCAUAGUAGUAUUAUCUAAGCCCGUUUCUCCGAGUAAACUAUAAAUGGAGCAAAGCCUAGGAAUGUCACCGCCAACGGGAUUUCUGCCUCUUGCCGGAAUUUUGCCUCUGUCCGAUAACAGAUACAAACCAAAGAACCACAAGAGCAACCCCGACACAGUGGUAUAAACAGAAAUGCCUGGCAAAGAACUGUUGGACCCUUGCGUCGACUGCCGCGAUGUAGAAGCUAUUCUGACAUUGCGGCGGCGGCGUUUAUGCAAAGACUGUUAUAUUAAAUUCGUGUCAUACAAAGUCUUUAAGCGCAUGGAAAAUUAUCGCCUGAAUAAAGGUUUCGCAAAAGAUAAGCCCUGCAAGCUGCUCUUUCCUCUUUCUUACGGUCUCUCCUCCUCGGUGCUGUUGCAUAUGUUGCAUGCUCAGCUUGAAGUUCAGCGCUCGAAAAUACACGCCUCCCCGGGCUUUGAUUUACAUGUGCUUGUAAUAGAGCCUUCGAGUAUCUCGCCCUCGAAUCCUGCGCAUGAUGAAGGUUUCGAGUUGGCUCAGAAAUACUUCCCUUUGUGUUCCUUUACCAAGGUUCCGUUUCACAGUAUCUUCGACCUAGUCCCCGAUUUCAAGGAAACCAUGUCCCAAUUUGCUGGCAAAGGAUUCGAGGAUGAUCCUUCGUUGUCGGGUGCAGAGCGCCUUGAUGCCUUCCGCUCGUGUAUCGCAACGUCAACCUCUAAGGCUGAUGUCGAUUAUAUCUUGAUGAACCAGCUGAUCGUGGCCUUCGCAAAGCAAAUGGAUUGCCAGGCAGUGAUUUGGGGAGACUCAGAUAGUAGACUUGCUGCGAAAACACUUGCCAAUGUUGCUAAGGGACGCGGUUCUUCAGUAAUUUGGCAGGUCUCCGACGGAAUGUCCCCGUUUGGCCUGGAGUUCAACUUCCCCCUGCGGGACUUGUUUACGGCGGAAUUGAGAGAUUAUGCCAGUUUCUUCCCGGAACUCACCCAACUUAUUGUACCAGAUGAACCACUUUCAGAAAAUACUUUAACCAAGAAUUUGUCCAUCGACGAGCUCAUGAUGCGGUACGUACUGACGCAGGGCGAGAAAUACCCCGGUGUCAUGUUGAACGUGACGAGGACGGCCAAUAAACUCGACGUCUCACAAAUGCCAACCAAUCUGUCCCCUUGCGCUUUUUGCGGUGCUCCUUUGAUGAAUGAAGUAGAAGGUGGACACACUCAAUUCUGCUACGCAUGCGCUCGGUCACGUCCAAGUACAAGCUCGUAAUGGGGCUCUGCAAAAUUCGUGAUCCAUUAUUGACCAAACUAAGACGAAAAGCAUCAUAUAUUACCUAAGGUA